AAAAAAGAGAGGCAAAAAACAUACAACAGCCGGUGUUCGCUGAUGGUCUCCCACUCAACUACUAAUCUGCCGGUUAGUGGCUUGUCUCUGGGGGAGCAGACGAGACCCCGAAUUUUCCACUACCUAUGGUCGUAUGUGGAGGUUGACGGACUCUAUUCAACUUAUAUA